AAAUUAAUACAUAAAAACAACUAUUUUUGUGUCAAUAUUUUAUUCCAAAAAAGAAAAUCCCAGAUCUUAACAAAAGACAUAAUUUAAAAGAAUUAAAAAAAUAUACAUAUAUUUUUUUAAAACAAAUAUAUUUAAAACUAAAUGUUACACUAUCAGCAAAACGAACAAUAUCCACAAUUGUUACCCUCAAAUCGACAACAGCAGCAACAACAAGUUCCAGUUUUAAAAGUCUAUUAUUUACGUUUAAAUUCCAAAGAAGACGGCUCUAAAGCAGCCGCCUGUUUAUUCGAAAAUAACAACAACAACAGUCGAAAUACGAAUACAACUAUGAAAACUUUAGCACCCAAUAUACGACGGCGACGUCGUUGUGAUCGUCAUCAUUUGGAAUUAUAUCAUGGCGGUGAUGGUGGAAAUAAGGCUUCUUCAUCGACUUCAUCACCCACCACGGAAUUUCCUCCAAAAUCAAAAUCGGCUUCAACAUCACCUAUUAGUGAUUUGGGUAUACCGGCUCCACCCAUUACACCGCCACCCGCUUUUCUUUCGGAAGGCUAUCGACGUUCGACCACACCUAGCAAGAGUGCAGCAGUAAAGAGAUCUUUAGAACCCAGAAAAGACAAGACUGAUGCACAACACGGUGGUAAUGGCACACUAUCACCCAAUACCGAACAGCCACCCUGUCAGGGUUCAAUGUUGCCACCACCCGGUGGUGGUAAUGUUAUUGUUGGCUCCCAACAAAAUCACUCACACAUGGUUAGUGGUCGUGAUCAACAUGAUUCCCAUACACAAAAUUCCAAAAUGGAACGUCCCAACACAUUGGGCACCAAUAAAUUAGCAAGACGUGUUAAUGUCUGCUAUGAACACUAUCCCGAUGGUUCUUCAAAUGCCAUGAUGGGUGGUCCACUCGGUAGUACACCACCCCCUUAUACUGAUGCUUCAGGUGGCGGUCAUCAUCACCAUCAUCAUGAUGGUCGCGGUAAAAUGGUUGGUGGUGUUAUGCUUUCAGAAUUGCCAGAACCUCCAAUACCCGUUUCGGAAAUUGGUCCCAUCCCACCGCCUCCUAUGUUUUCGACACCAUCGCCAACUUUAGUGGCUGGAAGACCGCAUGGGCCGGGCGCCAUUAACGAUAAGGAUUAUCAGCCAUACGAUGAUUAUGAUAACGAUAACGAAGAUGAUAACGGUUCGGACAAUGACUACAACUAUCAAACGUAUUCCAAUCAUAUCGAUACACAACGCAUAGAGGAAAUUCCAGCCAAAGAGCCUAAAUUAAAUGCAGUUCCUCUCAAGUCGGCCCUUAAAAAGAAACCGGGACAGAAUUCAUCAUCCCCCGCCACACCCAUACAAGAUCACAGCAAUGCCAAUGGUACACUGCCUCAGGGCAUGGGCAAUAAUAGUAAUAACAGCAAUAACAGCAGUGGCGGUGGUCAUGGUGGUUCAUCAACUCAACAGCGUCCCUUGGUAGUCAGACAGGAUGCCACCAAUAGUUAUAAUCUAAAGCCCAUACUACGACCACGGAUUAGAAUAUGUAGGCAACAAAUGUUUAACAUUAAUUUACCAUGUACCAUGGAAAAUAAGGAGAAUACACGGCCAUAUGUGAUACGAGAAACGAGUAGUGAUAGCAGCGAUGAAGAUGGCAGUCGUGUACUCUAUCGUGAUGAUGAUACAUCACGUCAAGCCAAAAUAGCGCGCAAGGAAUCAUUAUCAUUGAAAUUGCAAUUACGUCCUGACAAACAGGAUCUUAUAAAUCGCAAUAUCUUGCAUCCGGUCAAUGAUAAUGAGAUUAAAGAGAGUAAGGAGGCCAUAGGAGCAAGAUUAAUAAGACGUUUAUCGAUGCGACCCACAGCUGAUGAAUUGGUGGAACGUAAUAUUUUAAAGACAACAACACCCGCCGAAGAGAAAAAGCAAAAAGAAGAGAAAAAAUCAUAUUUAUUGCGUAAGUUGAGUUUUCGACCCACCGUCGAGGAGCUGAAAGAAAAGAAAAUUAUACGUUUCAAUGAUUAUAUUGAAGUGACCCAAGCUCACGAUUAUGAUCGUCGAGCCGAUAAGCCAUGGACAAGACUGACACCAAAGGAUAAGGCUGCCAUACGUAAAGAAUUAAAUGAAUUUAAAUCAAGCGAAAUGGCAGUACACGAGGGCAGUCGGCAUUUAACAAGGUUCCAUAGGCCAUGACAAUUGCAAUGGCAGAAAUUAACAACAACAAAAACUCCAUACCCAACAAAAUUUUGUGCAACAAAAUAUAAAAAAUUUUAAAUAAAAAAAGUCAAAAAAUU